UUGGCUGUCAUUUAGCCUCGGUGGGUUCUGAGGAGAGAAGGACGACGGCAGAGGAACGCAAAGGGUAAAAAAAAAAAAAAAAAAAAAAAAAAAAAAAUUAAAAAAGAAAUAAAUAAAAAACAUAUCAGACUCAUCGUCUAUCGAAAGGAGUCAGGUCCAGCAACUCGAUGAAACCGUCCAAUACAUAGAUGAGAAAAAUACAGUUUCAUUUUUUUGUUUCAAUGCGAGGAACGAACCGCCGGCUAACGUUACAAAAUUGGCUAACUAGCUAGCUGGUUGAAGCAGUUCACCUACGGUACCGCUGUCAAGGAGCACGACCAGAUAACUAUAUAUUUUAUUUUCUAGGGCAGAGGCGAGAGCCGUAACUAAGGGACAACGCUUCGCCGGCCAAGAGCUUUCGUUUCAUAGCUGCCGGAGUCGUCGUCGUCGUCGUCGUCGUCGUCCUGGGGGAAAGGGCAAACCAGCUGGGUGGGAGAGAGAGAGGAGUCCUUGCUCUCGAGAGAAAAUCCCCACGGCUUGCCGAGCCCGCGACGACAUGUCUGUAGUUAGCUGAUCCUGUUGAGAUACGCAACGGAAAAGAGGGCGAAGGACGAAGAGGGACAGAACUUAGGAAGUGGCCCGAAGCCCGAGCGAAGAGACGACGACGCCAUCAGCUUUUCCCCCGGUGACGAUGGUGAAGUCUGGAUAAGGCGGACCGAGAAGGGCACGCGAGUCGGGAGAGGUAAUAGAGACCAGAGUAAUACACUUUUGAGAGGGAGAAUAUACUGGAGAACAUAAAUGGGGGAUUACGGGUUUGGAGUCCUAGUACAGAACAACACUAGUAACAAAUCGGCUUUCCCUGUACGAAUUCACCCGCAUCUGCAGCCUGCACAUCAUCAUCAGAAUGCGUCUUCAGGCCCCGCUGCCUUUAUAAGCAACAGUGCAGCUGCCAAUGGCAGUAGUGCUGGGUCGGCUUGGCUUUUCCCCACUACAGCUACCCACAGCAACAUACAAGAUGAGAUUCUGGGUCCAGAAAAAUCUAAAGGCCAGCAGCAGCCACAGGAAAUACAAGAACCACAAGAAAAACAGCAGCUUUCCCCAGGCCACCAGGAGACCAGUAUCAUAUCUGAGUUGGAGAGCGCAAGACCUGAGGAGAGCAAGGGGGAGAAUGGCACUGGGGAGAGCAGUAAUGGGAAGGAGAAGCUUCGUAUGGAGUCCCCAGUGCUCACAGGGUUUGAUUAUCAGGAGACAUCAAGCCUGGGCACUGCUGCCCAGUCCAGCACCUCGUCCGCCUCCUCUCUGACUGGUUUUAACAACUGGUCAGCUGCCAUCCCGCCCAAUCCUUCCACAAUAAUAAAUGAAGAUGUCAGCUUCUUUAACCCCGCUGCCUCUGCCAGCAAUGGUCCUCUGCUGUUCCAGAAUUUCUCCCAUCAUGUCAGUCCAGGCUUUGGAGGCAGUUUUUCCCCACAGAUUGGACCCAUUUCUCAGCAUCCCCCUCCACACCCUCACUUUCAGCACCCUCACAACCAGCACCAACAGCACAGAAGAUCUCCUGCAAGCCCCCACCCUCCCCCUUUCCCCCACAGGAAUGCUGCUUUCAACCAGUUACCACAUUUGUCCAAUAAUUUGAACAAGCCCCCUUCUCCAUGGGGGAGCUACCAAAGUCCAUCGCCAUCACCUUCAUCCACCUCCUGGAGCCCUGGUGGAGGCUAUGGUGGCUGGGGAGGAGGGUCCCAGAGCCGGGACUAUCGUAGGGGCCUAAAUGCCGGAAUGGCACCCCUCAACUCCAUCUCUCCCCUGAAGAAGUCAUUUGCUAACAAUCACUUGUCAUCACAGAAGUAUUCCCGAAACAGCCCUGCCUUCAAUCCUAAACCCUGGAUGGAGGACAACUUGAGUCGAAGCGACAACAUCUUUCCAUUUCAGCAGGAGCGCACCAGGUCCUUCGAUGGCUUCAACAUGCACUCUUUAGAGAACUCCCUGAUAGACAUCAUGAGAGCAGAACAAGAUUCUCUGAAAGGUCGCUUGGGAUUCUCUCACCCCGGAGGAGACAGUCCUUUGCCCAUAAAUGCAAGGAACUUUGGGAGACGACGAGGUCACUCUUCCCUGUUCCCGAUGGAGGACGGCUUUGCUGAUGAUGAGCGGCCCGAGCAAAGCCUAACUGGGCUGGGUUCACCUCACUGUUUCCCCCAUCAGAACGGGGAGCGCAUUGAGCGUUAUUCCCGCAAGGUCUUCGUAGGGGGUCUUCCUCCUGACAUAGAUGAAGAUGAGAUAACUGCGAGUUUCCGCCGUUUUGGUCAUCUUUUUGUCGACUGGCCUCACAAAGCAGAGAGCAAGUCUUACUUCCCCCCAAAAGGUUAUGCAUUCCUCCUCUUCCAAGACGAAAGCUCAGUGCAGGCUCUAAUUGACGCUUGCAUGGAAGAGGAUGGCAAGCUCUACCUGUGUGUCUCUAGCCCCACCAUCAAAGACAAACCAGUCCAGAUCCGACCUUGGAAUCUCAAUGACAGUGACUUUGUAAUGGAUGGCUCUCAGCCUCUUGACCCAAGGAAGACUAUUUUCGUGGGGGGAGUUCCACGUCCUCUGCGUGCAGUGGAGCUGGCGAUGAUCAUGGACAGGCUGUAUGGAGGAGUGUGCUAUGCAGGUAUUGACACGGACCCAGAGCUGAAGUACCCAAAGGGCGCAGGGCGGGUUGCCUUCUCUAAUCAGCAGAGUUACAUUGCUGCUAUCAGCGCUCGCUUUGUACAACUGCAGCAUGGAGAGAUCGAUAAACGGGUGGAAGUGAAGCCAUAUGUCUUGGAUGACCAGCUGUGUGAUGAGUGUCAGGGGACGCGGUGCGGGGGCAAAUUUGCCCCCUUCUUCUGUGCCAAUGUCACCUGUCUCCAGUAUUACUGUGAAUACUGCUGGGCGGCCAUCCACUCGCGUGCCGGCCGGGAGUUCCACAAGCCACUGGUAAAGGAGGGCGGCGACCGGCCCCGGCACAUCUCUUUCCGGUGGAAUUGAGAGAAGGCAUGGAGAUGGGGAAGGGGCGGGCUGCGUAGUUGCAAAAUGUCAUAUAAAUGCACUUUUCUGUUGCUGGUUCCUUUUUAGUCUUUGAAUAGUUUAGUUUUUAAUUUAAUCACAAAAUACUUAUUUUAAAACUGGAAUUCUUUAGGGAGGCAAAAAAUAUUCAGGAGCAAUCCCAUUCCCUGUCUUUAAUUCCAUUUUGGUUUGUACAUCGAUGCAUUCUUGACUGCAUCCAGUAGAAAUUGACUUGUCGUGUCUUCUAAUGUGACUGCAAUUUCCCCCAACUCCAGUUGACUGAAAUUCUAGCAUUAAUUCUUGAUCUUUUAAUUCAUGAUUAAUCGGAAUGCAUCUUGUCCUAGAUUUAAAGGGUGUCCUGCUAAAAGAAGGGUGCACUUAUUUCUCUACUUGAGGAUUCAGAUUUGGUGCAACUAUCCUAGUUGUGAACUAAAGCUUGGUAACAACUGGCAUACAGAUAUUGCAGAAGGUACAGACAGGUGGCCCAUUCCAGCAUGCUAGGUCAUCCUCCUGAAAACCAUUGUUCAAAUUUGAUCCCAUUAGAGCUGUUAGCAUUACAGCCCCUAUUUUUGACACGCAGAACCUAAUACCUCAAGCUUUGCUGCUAAUGUAAUCAGUGAAAUGUAUAAAACAAGCUGCCCCUCACCUUAUCUCACACACACACACACACACACACACACACACACACACACACACACAAAAGCUCCCUCCCUUUACCUGAAGGUCACAAUCAAAGGGAAAUGGCAAAAGGUACAUUUGAAGUGUUUUAUUUCAAGGUAUGUUUUGAAUUUUGUCUGGAUUCAGAUAUGCGGUAUAUGUUGUCCGAAACACACUGGCCACUGGCGUCUGUCUGUAGUCCCCUUCCAAAAUAAUGGCAGCACUCCUCUGAGCGCCAGGAAUCUUCUGGGCCUUCAAGUGUUCAACACACCAUGAACAACACUAAAAAAAAAAAAA